AAGGGCAGCACAGAUUUCUGGUUGGGAUCCUGUGGGGAAGGGCAACCCCACUCCUUGCCAGGAUGGACAGGAUAAAGUCAGAAGUUUCUGUGUGACCGGAAGAGUCAAGAACUUCCUCCUGAAGCUUAGAGAGGGGAGGGACCUCUGAGUUGUCCCCAGCCCAGAGUGCCACUGUCAGAACAGCCGAGGGAGGAAAGAAGAGAGUGGAACAAAAAUGGCAGAAAAUGUCCUUUAUGCUGACCUGAACUUGCCUGAACCAACCAGACCCAGAAACCUGAGGGUCCCUGAUGUCCAAGGUAAAAGCCAUGGUUUCAGAACACGAGCUGCUGCAGUGGUUGCUGUCCUGGUUGUGAUCAUCCUUCUAAUGGUCAUUGCACUGUAUCUGACACUCACCAUGGCAGGCAGCCAACAGGACUCAACAACAUUGGCCUCCACCAGCCAAAAUGUCUCAACACCAUUGUUCCCCACCAGCCAAGAGGACUCAACAAAGUUACCCCCCAGCCAUGAAGAGGCACCAGGAAAGAGUUGUUGUUCCACAACACGAGUUGCUGUCCUGGUUACUGAGAUAAUCCUGCUCCUGCUCAUUGUUGUGUGUCAGAUACUCCCAUGUAAAAGCCGUUGUUCCAGAACACAAGUUGUUGUCCUGGUUGUUGUCCUGGUUCCGAUUGUGCUGGCCCUAACACUGUCUUGGACACUCCCAUAUGGUCCAACUGCAGGCAGCCAACAAGACUCAACAAGAACCAUCCCUGAAGAGGCACUAGGCUGCCCCACAUCAUGGAAGAAACAUGGGAGAAAUUGCUACUUCUUUUCUCCAGAGAAGAAACCAAAGGGCUGGGAAGCCUCUCGUGCAGAAUGCACCGCCAUGGGCUCAGACCUGGUGGUCAUUGACAGCAGAGAAGAGCUGAGUUACCUUCUCCCACAAUCAAGACAUAACUACUACUUGCUUGGUCUCACAUAUUCUCAAGAGGAGCAGAAGUGGAAGUGGAUCAACAACGUGGAACACGACCCAGCCAUGUUCAGUAUAAUUGGACAUUUCCGUGAUUAUCUCUGCACAGUCAUUGGAUUUGGUGCAGUAGAGUCUGCACCUUGUAAUGGAUCCAAAACAGUACAAAAUAUGUGUGAAAAAGCUGCAACAAUUUCAUAAAGGCAUCAGAAGAAGAGCCAAAAACAAGAGGUCCCGGCUGAUAUGUUAUGCCCAGCUUCCUGUAGGAACCAUGGAUGGGAUGUGUCUCAUUUCUCUUUAGCUGCCCAAUCUCUGCUCCCAGGCUCUCCUGCAGCCUCUCUCUAGACUCGUGGCCAAGCUCAGCCCACCCUUCCCUGAUGGUGUCUGAGCCUGGAUGGAUCCCCUCUGGAAGAGCUGGCACUGGCACACAGGAGGAGUCUGGGACUGUCUCAUGCCAGAGGUGGCACUUCCAGGAAGGCAUUGCCAGGGGAGAGGAGUCCAGCCUGGGGACAGGGGUGAUCCCAAACUGAUCCUGACUCUGCAAGUCACAUCCAUCCACAGCCCUGUGUUUCCAGCCCUGCCUGGGCACAAGGAGACCCUUCCCCACCUGGCCACAGCCUGGCCUUGCCUGCAGCCACAGGGGAAGGGCAGCACAGAUUUCUGGUUGGGAUCCUGUGGGGAAGGGCAACCCCACUCCUUGCCAGGAUGGACAGGAUAAAGUCAGGUGGGGUUAUGGAUAAAUCUUCCCCUGUCCCAGACUGUUCCAAGAGCACAGGGGAUCCCACAGCUUGUGGGGGGAAUGGGAAUCAGCCCAAGGGAAACGAUCCUACAGCAGCACAGCUCUGGACAUAAAAUCAGUCCCAGUCCUGUGUGGGGAAGGGAAGGAAUGUCAGAUUUAUGAUCUGCUGAGGAAGGGCACAGGACAGAGACCAGCAAGGCCUGAAGAACAGAGAACUAACAGAAGCUGAGCUGGACAGAAAACAGAAAAAUGAAACCCACAGUGACCUCUGAGAGAGCUGGUGAGAAGUAUGAGAGUGACCCACAGGGAAUGGCAACACGGUGCUCUGCCCUCUUUUCCUUGGCAAUUGAUCACAGGAGGAAAUGAUGCCUGAGGGCUUUUCCUGCUCAGAAGAUUCAAGCGAUCAGCAGAAACAGGUGUCACCAGGAAAACAGAGGUGUGAUCAGGAAACAGGGAAUGUCAUGAAAGCUCUGCCCGUGUUCUUCACUGGCUCUUGGGACCCUGGGCCUUGUGUGACUCCAAGAAUUAUCCUUCUUGCUGUGUCCUUUCAGUCAGAAUCACUCCUCCUUUAUUGGUGCCUUUCAUAGCUCUCUUCUUCAGCUGCAGAAUGGAGAAAACUCUGUGAUGCCCUUGAGGAAUCCAAGGCCUGGUUUUACCUCUUGGAAAAAAAAAUGCUCAGUCAAAAAAUCUGUACACAGUAUGUUGUAGCCACUGAAAGAGAAAAUGGAAUCCUACAGGAAAAACUCUCUUUUUAAAUUGAAAGCACAUUUUUAUGUCCCUCACACCAGCCAUCCUCCUCACUAACUGCUCAUAUCAGGAUGCUUUGGAAACGUAUUUGCAGUUCUUUCUAUGACUUUCAAUCGCCAAAGAACAGAGUAAGAACAUGGAGCUAUAGCAGAACAAUCCCAGUGUCAGACCCCAGGAUCUGUACUGUUAUUUCAGAAGGAAGCUGAGCUGGAGGGGCUCUUUGCUUGCACUCACUUUACUGGAGAGGGUGGGAGAGCAUUCUCUGUUGUAUUAUAGAUUUCUGCUCUUCUAUUUUCAUAUUCCAGCUGCUGUGAUCCCUUGGAUCAAGUGGGCUCUCCUGAAGGCAGGGCCAGUCUCCUAGAUUGCAAGGCAAUGUGUGUAUUCUAUUUGCCAUCUGUUAGAGGUGUGGCAGUUAUCUUCUGUUAAUUGGGCAGUUUUCUUUAUCUCUUCCACAAACCAAUCCUCCCUCUGGGAAGUAUCCUCUGUUAAUGGGCUAUUGAAUCUCACUGCAUGACUGAUUAAAGUCACAGCAUCCCAUUGUGAGAUGCUUGGCCCAGAGGGAGGAGCCAAGCAUUCCUAACUGAAUAGAAUCAGAGUUUUUGGGACACCAGAACAGCCUUUCCACUGGAUUCCCAGAAGAAUAGCUGCCUCUUCCACUGGAUCUUCAGGAGAAGACUACACCCUUCUAUAGGAUCACUGCUCCAACAGAACCACACCUGACACUCCAGGAGGACUGCAGCCAUAAUUCCCAAUUGGACUGCUGCCCAUACCCUGACCAACAGGGUGUCAGGUUGUAUUCUGACUCUGUCAGUGUUGUUUUGUAUUACUGCAUUGUUUUUGGUUUUGUUUUGUUUUGUUUUCUUCCCUAAUAAAGAAUUGUUAUUCCUGCUCCUAUA